AUGAAGCCUUGGUCUCCUGGCCCGCUUCGCCUGGCCCGCCUGGCCUGCUGGUGCAUCGCUGCGUGGGGCUUGACGGGUGCCAGGGGCAUCCGUGGCCUCGCCGUGUCUGGCACUUCGCGGUCAGCCGCGAGCUCCGGCCUCCACAAGGCAAUCACUUUCAGCCGCCAGACGCUGGCCGCCAUUAGGCAAGGAACCUCUUCUGAUUUUGGGGAGGACGGCGAUGAUGAGCUGGAGGCAGAGGAAGACGCAGCCGAGAUGACAUCAAGCUUGUUCAAUGCAACGCUGCAGAAGUGCUUGGAGCUCGGCAACAAUCGCGAUGAUUCAUCAGCAGUUUUGCGGAAGAAGGUCAGCGAGAUAUGUCGGCAAGCUGACGCGAAAGGCUUGGUGCAAAAGCUGUCAGCAAAGAUCAAUGACGAGACAGUGGCAACUUGGCUGUGUCAAGGCACUGGCGUGUCUUCGCCAGAGGAUCUGGAAGCUUGCCGACAAACAGGUCAAGUUUUGCUGGGAGGUUUGGGCGAGAUGGUCGAAACGGCCGUGUCGCCCGAGGCGCUGGCAAAGUUUACGAUGUAUUCCAUCAAGGCUGUGGCCACCCUGGCGCCUCUUCCACCACCCUUGGGUGUGUUACUCAAUAAGGCCGCGGACAUGGUCCUCAACCGGCUCAGCAAGGAGGCAGAGGCGCAGCUGGAAGACUUGGAGGAGAAGAUGGAGCAAGUCAGCCGCAGGGUGCUCAACGAGGAACUCUUGCGCUUGGGGGCCGCUCAGGCAAGGGCUGGCGAAGAUCAAAUCCAAGAGAUGGCGACGCUGGAUGCCAGUCUUAGGGAUGCCAUUGAGUCCAGCAACUGGGGCAAUGGGCUAUCGAAACUCGCCGGGGCUUUGAGUAAGUCAGGCAGCUUCAACCGCUGGGCCAGCAUCGAGCAGAACCUUGCUACCAGCCUUGAGCUGCUAAGGCCACCAAGCUCUGUUUUGGAUGUGUGA